AGCUCCGGAGCCCCGCCCCGUCCCCGUGCGGCGGCCAGAGGCGGCGAGGGCGCGCGAACCAUGCAGCUGGAGGCCAUCCGCUACUCGCGGGGCUCGCUGCAGAUCCUCGACCAGCUGCUGCUACCCCAGCAGAGCCGCUACGAGGCGGUGGGCUCGGUCACGCAGGCCUGGGAGGCCAUCCGCGCCAUGAAGGUGCGGGGCGCGCCGGCCAUCGCCCUAGUGGGCUGCCUCAGCCUCGCCGUGGAGCUUCAGGCCGGCGCCGGGGGACCGGGUCUGGACCUUCUGGUGGCCUUCGUGCGCGACAGGCUGAACUUCCUGGUGACCGCCCGACCCACCGCUGUCAACAUGGCCCACGCCGCUCGUGACCUGGCGGACGUCGCAGCUCAGGAGGCGGAGCAAGAGGGCGCCACCGAGGAGGCGGUCCGGAAGAGAGUGAUCCGCUACGCUGAGGACAUGCUGGAGAAAGACCUCAGAGACAACAGGAGCAUCGGGGACCUGGGAGCCCGCCACAUCCUGGAGCGGGCAGCCCCCAGGGGUGGCAAGGUGACUGUGCUGACCCACUGUAACACUGGUGCACUGGCCACUGCUGGCUAUGGCACAGCCCUAGGCGUGAUUCGCUCGCUGCACAAGCUGGGCCGCCUGGAGCGCACCUUCUGCACAGAGACGCGGCCCUACAACCAGGGAGCCCGGCUGACCGCCUUUGAGCUGGUCUACGAGCAGAUCCCCGCCACCCUCAUCACCGACAGCAUGGCGGCCGCUGCCAUGGCCCAGAAGGGCGUGUCAGCCGUUGUGGUGGGAGCCGACCGCGUGACCGCCAGGGACACAGCCAACAAAGUGGGCACCUACCAGCUGGCCAUCGCCGCCCAGCACCACGGCAUCCCCUUCUACGUGGCGGCCCCCAGCUCCUCCUGCGACCUCCAUCUGGAGACGGGCCAGGAGAUCGUCAUUGAGGAGCGCCCGGCCCAGGAGCUGACCGAGGUUAACGGGGUCAGGAUCGCAGCACCCGGGAUCGAGGUUUGGAAUCCUUCCUUUGACAUCACCCCCCAUGACCUCAUCACCGGCGGCAUCAUCACGGAGCUGGGUGUCUUUGCCCCUGAGGAGCUCCGGACAGCCCUGAGCACUAAGGUCUUCUAGCAGGAGGGACCUAGGUGGACCCAGUUGUAACCAACUCAGCGCCGGCUACCUUGCCCAUAUCCCUCAGGUUUUAUAAUAAAUUUACCCAGUAGUCUCGGUAAAUAAAUUUACCCAAAAGUUGGCCUUCCUUCCCCCGCCCCCCACCACGCUUCUCUUGAGCAGGGAGAGAACAGGGCCUUGCAUAGCUCUUAAGAACCCAGCAGCUGCAACUAAGCUGCCCAGUUUCAAAUCCCACCGCUACCUCUUUCCCCGCUGUGUAACCUUGGGCAGGUCACUUCACCUCUCUGUGUCUUCCUCAGUUAUGAAAUGGGGAUGACUCCAGUACCUCCUGUUAAGGUUGCUGGUGGUCUAGAAGUAGGGUGACACCCAAAAAAAAAACUCAGUAACAAGUAGUAUUUUGAUGCAAUACUUUUUAAAAGAAAUAAUGCAAAAAUAAUACCAUGGGUCCAAGGUUUUAAAUAAAGGAUCAAACCUUA